AUGGUUCACGGUGUGUUUCAACUUCCCAGAUUCCAAAUUAUCGUCAACAUUCAGAUCUGCAAUCUUCUCAGUGAUUUCGUCAUGUUCUUCCUUACUCAACCAAUUCCACUUCUUCCAAUUUGGGCUGGCUACAUUCAUGGCCCAUUCUGGUCUGUCUUCAGAAUCGGAACUCAUGUCUCAUCAGUUAUCGGAAGUAUAAUAUUAGGGCAACAAGCGGCUGCACUCACAAUGUGCUUUGUAAGGAAAUAUCAAGCGAUUUCAAAGCUUGAUUGUCAAAAUGAAAUCUCUAAUAACUGGUUGAUUUGUGUCGCUUGUCUAACUCAAUCUCUGGUGGGAUUUUGGGUUACUCUUUAUUAUUUCGCAGGGAUCGAUAGAGCUACGGCAUUGAAUUAUAUCAAAUUGAACUACCCGAAUCUUCUCGAAAAGUUCAUAGAACUCGAAGAUUUUCAAUUGUAUCUCAAAAAUGAAAUCACCAGUUGGUUUAUAUUAGCCGCCGGUGUCAUGACUGUCGUAUUCACUGCUAUCAUAAUUUUUUGCACUGCCAGAAUGUUUGGAUUGUUGCGAAAUCUUGAAAAUCAAGUAUCUCCGGUUCACUUGAAAAAGCAUAAAACUGCAGUUAGUAGCCUUAUUGCUCAGUUAUUCACCUCGCCGGUUGCCUUUCUACCGCCUGUUGCAAGUGGAUUUCUACUCUCUCUUGAAUCCGAGCAUAUUCAAGUGAUAAGUUGGAUUCUUCUCGCAAUGACAUCUUGCCAUGGCACUAUCAACUGUUUGGUUAUGAUUCUGACUUGUCCGCCGUAUCGUACUUUCGUGAAGAACAAGAUGAUGAGUUUAUUCGGAAAAAAACGGACAGAACUGUCAUAA